AUGCGUCUGUUGUUUAUAGUAAGCAGCCUCCUUACUCUAUCAUCAGCAGCUUCGACUUGUGACGAGAGAAAGCUGAAGCAAAAUGCUAUACAAUUGCUGGAAGCACAUAUGGACAUGGAAUUCGGUGGAGUUGGGGCCGGCACGAGCGAUAUAGUAGGGUUUCAAUAUAUGAAACCUGGAGAAGCUCUUCUUGCAGCACAAGCUCUUGCUCACGAGGACUUUCAUCAGGCAGCGAUACAGGUUCAGCGCAUCCUCGAGUAUCAGAAGCCUGAUGGAUUAUUACCGCAUUUAGUCUAUGGUCCAACCGUACCAUCUAAUUUACGAUGGAUACCCAGUAAUCGAACUUUCCACCCAGGACCUGCGUUUUGGAAGAAUUCGUCGCUGACGGAGCACCAAGAGAAGGAGGUAGUAUUCGACACCUCGACGAUCUCGGCCCCUCCGGUAGCAGCAGACGUAGCAUGGGAAAUCUUUCGUUUAGCGCCGUAUGACUCGGUGCUGGGUGUAAAGACGACUGCUGUUCAGUUCUUAUGCCAAAUCUACCAGCCACUACAAAGAUUGCAGAAGCAUUUGUUCUAUUCACGCCGAAGUUCUGCUUCUAGCGGUUUGUUAACUGCACAUCAUCCUUGGGAAACGUUUUCGUCGCUAUCACCGCACUGGAAAGGAUUUCUUACUACCUUGAAGAAGGCGCCGGACUACGAGGCUGUUGUCAGCUCGAUUCCUGAGGAAGCCCGGAACCGAUUUGCAGCCGGUGCAAGUACUUUGUUUUCGGCACAGGACGCAGUAGAUAACAUUCAUGUUUCGACCGUGGUGGAGCCUAUUGCAUAUUCUGCUGCUAGUGGUGAGACUGUUCGAUUCGGUGUUGAAGACGUGGAAUUUAAUGCCUUGAUGCUGCGUUCAUCAUUGGGUCUUGAAAAUAUCGGGCGUGUGCUGGCGGACCACUCGUCGGUGUGCAACGGAUUCACCUUGUCAAAAAGCGAUCUUUUGAAGGAUGUGAUUAAGCUUCGCGCAAUGAGUAAAGGGCUAAAGGAGGCUCUUGUUGGCAGCAACACCACUCAUGGUCUAUGGAAUACAUCCGUUAACUUUUUCGCCGAUUCUAGCCGUGUGUCAUUGACCGCAACUUACUCCUUACGCGGAUUUCUACCUGGAUAUGCUGUGGAAUUGGAUGAUGAGAAGAAGAUGCGCUCAAUGGAGCAUUUUCUUUCGAAACCCAGCUCGUUUUCUUUCUUUUGUGCUCAAUUCCCGGUUGUGUUUUUUGCCUGCUCCGAAGAGGACUUGACCACAGUUGCUGGGUCGAUCGACGGCCGUUUAGCACCUACAACGUGGAUCCUGUACAACUACUAUGUACUACGGGGGUUUGUUCGAAACAAGUUCCCAGGACUAGCUGAUUACAUUCGUAACAAGACGAGAGACAUGAUAUGCGAGGCAACUGUACCUACUCGACCAUAUUUUUCAUGGUUUCGAAUGUCGUUAGCAAUGGAAAAACCUACGCCAGCAGCUCUAGCAGCAGUCUACGACUCCCAUAAUGGUGCACCGGUUGAAGUGUUCGACGAUGCUUAUUUGGGCUCAACGCUAGCUGCCGCUGCCUUUCUAAAUAUUCUGCUUCCUGCAGUGACGCCACCACCAAGUCCAGACACACCGCCUGUUGAUCAUCGUAUUCUUUCUGUUAUCAUGUGCGUUGAAUUAGUGGUUGCUUUUGGGGUCGCUAUGAGCUGUUUUCUAUUUUCUGUUUACUUCGUGGCAAACCGGCCUCGUGAAACACGGUUAUCUAUUGGGUCCACGGCUCACCGACGGUCAUCUACUGAGGCUGCAAGAAGAAACUGCUCUCAAGACAGAUCGAAUCGCCACCGAGAUGACUUGGAGGACCGUAAACGAUCGAGUCCAAAUGGGUUAUUGUCGGCAGAAAAUAACUCACCUUACAGCGACUGCUCUCCGAGACCCGGACGUGUUCCAAAUGAUCUGGAAGAGGCGUUGCUUUCUGGGGCCGGCGAACACUACGGAUCUUUUGAUGAGGCUGAGCAGCCACAAAGUCUAUCUAACUUCGCCUGGAAAGCUGCAAAAAGAGUAUUAGCAUCUAUCAGCCCCUGGUGA